AUGAGCAGAUACGACGCCGGAUACGAGACCGGAAACGAGAGUGACACUAGUCGCCUCCGCCCUUUAAAGAGACGUGUUAAGCCAAGCGGGCCUCCACCCACUACUAGGGGAAUUGAAAAAGCUAAUCGGCCUUCGGAAGGUGGUCGGUCCAGGUCUCGUACUGGUAGCGUGUCGGGUACACAAGGCAAAGGACAACUAUACGAAGAAUAUCUGCGAAGACAGAAGCGGGAGAUAGCGAAGAACAAGAAUAUCGUUAUAAGGGAGCCUCCAGCUCGAGGGUCUGGUGCAAGUAAUUAUGGAGGGGAGAGUGUGUUUAGCAGUAUGAAUGAUACGAGAUCUCGUCAUUCAAAUAACACAACUUUGUCUAGUAGUCGUGGUAAGGAGAGUGGUAGGUCUAGCGAUGUAGAUGAUUUGAGGUCUCAUCACUCAAGUAGAUCUCAUCAGUCAAGCAAUACAAUCACGCCCAGUAGGUCUGGCGGGGAUAGUAGGUACGGCGAUAUGGAUGAACCGAGAUCUCAUCACUCAAGUAGAUCUCAUCAGUCAAGCAAUACAAUCACGCCCAGUAGGUCUGGUGGGGAGAGUAGGCACGGCGGGGAUAGUAGGUAUGGCGGGGAUAGUAGGUAUGGCGAUAUGGACGAACCGAGAUCUCAUCACUCAAGCAAUACAAUCACGCCCAGUAGGUCUGGCGGGGAGAGUAGGCAUGGUGGCGAGAGUAGAUAUAGCGGCAUGGAUGAUACGAGAUCUCGUCAUUCACCCAGCACAAUCACACCUUCAACACAUAAGAGAACACCAUCAGUUGCACCGUCUUCGAGAGCGCCUUCAGCAAGAUCUAGACGCGAUGAUGUUGAAAUGCUAUCAGAGCGAACAAGAGGUAUGAAGCUCGAUACGCCUGAAGAUCCUACCGUUGAAGAAGCUAGAAGACGCAGACGAAUCGAAAAGUGGAACGACCAACCAAAAAUCAACCCACAUACUAUUGAACCCGCAGCAUCCGUGAUUAGCGGGGCAAGCUCAUUAGUAUACCCUGGGGAAAGUGUAGACGGGAGGGAUACAAGAAUGGAGAGGCUCUCAGCAGCAAGUCGUGGUCGUUCGGUCAAUUCUAGCGCUGCACCCUCCAAUUACAGUCGCGACUCUCGCGAUAGACAUUUGGCGGUUCCCUCAUAUGCACCUUCGUACAGCGGAUCUUCAUCUUUGCGUCGUACUUCCGCACGCGAUCCACGUUAUGAUGACUCUGAUGAUUAUGACGAUAGGGGAUAUGCACCUCCUCCUGCGGCGCCUCUUAAUGUAACGAUUAUUAAUGACGUUGUUGUGACCAACAAAAGGAGCAGUAGUAGUUAUCGACACUAG